AUGGCAAGAUCAUGUGCCACAAGUGAUGAAAAGAGAGAAGAGGUGGUGGCGGUGGCAAUAGACAAGGACAAGGGAAGUCAAUACGCUCUCAAAUGGACUGUCGAGCAUCUUCUUGUCAAGGGCCAAAGUCUCACCUUUGUGCAUGUUAAACAAUCAACACCAGGCCUUCCCAAUCAAACUGAGAAAUCGGUUUCUGGCUCUGAAUUAAAGGAGGAAGGUAUAAAAUUGUGCAAAAGCCAAUCUGAUGCUGAAUAUAGCGAGUUGUUUCUUCCACUUCGUACUUUUUGUAAGAAAAAGCUUGUAAGAUACAACGAAGUAAUAGUUAAAGGUACUGAUGUAGCAAAAGCACUUGUCAAUUUUAUUUCGACACAUUCAAUUGAGGUUUUGGUACUUGCGGCACCUUCAAAAAGUGGCUUUUUCAGAGCCUUCAACAAAACUACAGACAUUCCAAGCAGAGUGUCGAAAGGGGCACCGGAUUUCUGCACUGUGUAUGUCAUUGGCAAGGGAAAGAUCAGUCAUGUGCAAACAGCAACCACUAAAUUACCCCCAGAAGCUCGUAAUAAGCAAAUACAUAACCAACUCAGCAAUGUUUCGGACUCAAGUGUUUCUCAAUUCAUGCGUAACCAGCAACCCAGAGCAUCAGAGAGGACAAGAACAAAGUACCGGCACCGUAGCGCUCGGAUAGAUCAUGAUACAGGAAUCAAGACACCAUUCACCAGAGGACAAGCUUCAUCAAACAGAUUAUAUGAGAUCUCACCAGACAGCGAUGUAUCAUUCACAAGUAGUGGAGGAAGACCAAGCAUUGAUCACAUGUUUCCUUCUAUAUGCGGCAGUGUGGAAUCAGGAACGCACUCUCAACAAUCAUUCAACUCAGACUUAGACAACAGAAGAUCUACCUCCAAGCAAUCCUACUCAAGAACCCAGUUCAUUGACAUGAACUCCUCAUUAUCCUCAACCGAGAGUGGAAAAUCAUGGUCAUCCCGAAAUAUGGAAGAAGUAGAAGAUGAGAUGAUGAGACUCAAGCUAGAGCUCAAGCAGACAAUGGAGGUGUACAAUACGGCCUGUAAGGAAACCCUAACAUCAAAACAGAAGCAACUUGACCAAUGGAAAUGGGAAGAAGAACAAAGAUUGGAAGGGGCACACCUAGGUCAGGAGUUUGCAUUGGCACUUGUACAGAAAGAGGAAGCAAAAUGUAGGGCAGCAAUGGACGCAGAAAGAGCAGCUAAAAGGAUUGCUGAAUUGGAAGCAGAACAAAGGAGGAAUUCAGAAAUAAAGGGUCUGAAAGAAGCUGAAAAGAGGACGAACUCACUAGGAGGAAGAAGUUUUGAUCUGCGGUACCGGAAAUACACAAUUGAAGAGAUUAAAGCAGCAACGAACAGUUUUUCAAAAGCUCUUAAGAUUGGAGAAGGUGGCUAUGGGCCUGUGUAUGUGGGUGAGCUGGACCAUACACAAGUGGCAAUAAAAGCUCUACGUCCAGAUGCAGCUCAAGGACGUUCACAGUUCCAACAAGAGAUUGAAGUUUUGAGCUGCAUAAGACAUCCAAACAUGGUUCUCCUGCUUGGAGCCUGCCCAGAGUAUGGUUGUCUGAUCUAUGAGUACAUGGGUAAUGGGAGCUUAGAAGACCGUCUGUUUCGACGAGGUAACACCCCAGUUAUUCCUUGGCAGCUAAGGUUCCGAAUCGCUGCAGAAAUUGCCACGGGGCUUUUGUUCCUUCACCAGGCCAAGCCAGAACCCUUUGUACACCGUGACUUAAAGCCAGGAAACAUUUUGCUAGACCAUAACUAUGUCAGCAAGAUUAGUGAUGUAGGUCUGGCCAGGCUUGUCCCUCCAUCAGUAGCUGACUCAGUCACUCAGUAUCACAUGACAUCAGCAGCUGGGACAUUCUGUUAUAUCGACCCAGAGUAUCAACAAACUGGCUUGCUUGGAACAAAAUCUGAUAUCUACUCACUUGGGGUAAUGCUUCUACAAAUAAUAACAGCCAAACCAGCAAUGGGUUUGACUCAUCUUGUUGAGCACGCAAUUGAGAUAGGGACCUUCGCUGAGAUGCUUGACCCCGCUGUUCCUGACUGGCCUGUGGAGGAAGCCUUGAAGUUUGCCAAGUUAGCAUUACAAUGUGCCGAAAUGAGGCGAAAAGACAGACCCGAUCUUGGCAAGGUAGUGCUACCUGAGCUUAACAGAUUGAGAGAACUCGGCGAAAAGGGUGGCAUGCUUAAUGGUGGUGGAGCAUUCUUACUACAAAAGUGCUCAGUUUCCACAAAGCAAGAAGUGAUGAAUGACCCCCAAUCUGGAUAUGCCAGUUCAGUGAGCAAUUCGAGCACAUCAUCUUAUGGAGGAAAGAAUAUUAUAGUCGGAUUCUUGACGUUUUCUUCGGUAUAAAUUUAAAAGCACACACACUGUAGUGUUAUAUUCACAUAGUACU